AAUCUGACAUGUUGGAUAGACAUUUUGUUUGUCUAUUAUGGACAAGUGUGAAUUAGAUAAGGAAUGCAAAUGUAGAUGAUCAUUAAGGUUAAACUAAUUAGUCAAGUUUAGUCUCCACGUGUUUAGAGAAGCACAUGGACAGCUGCCUGCAGUUCUUUGCUAACGUUAAAUGAUAAUGGCAACAGCAGCACAUGAGACAGUUCUCAUAGGAAUAUGUGAUGGAGCCAUUGACAAGAACACGUCGUAUUGUACGAACAAAAUUGGAGAUAUUCCGGAUUUACUGCCGGUAAUCACUCUCCAAUAUCCCACAUGCACUCUGUGCCAGAAAGGCCUGUCUCAUGUCGUGCAAGUCUACUGUCCCAUCGCCGCAUCUCCUUACCACAGAACAAUCAAUGUAUUUGCCUGCACCAAUCCACAGUGCUAUGGCAAAUCAGAAAGCUGGAUUGUCCUGCGCUCUCAGUGCCUGGAUGAUGACAUCAAAGCCUUAUCAGGGAGACAGGACAACAAAAGCGCACCAUGUAAAGAAUCAUCAAUGUCCCGAACAGACUGGUGUGAUGAAGCUGAUGAUUGGGGGGUGGAAGAUGAACAGAACACACAUACCUGUUCAGAUCCAGUUCAAACCGUGACUGACAGCAUCAGUGCGGGAAUGGAUGUGAGCAGCAAGCUUCAGGGCCUGUGCAUUGAUGGAGGAGUGGAUCAUCAAAAUGCCCUACAGCCUACAGAUGUGCCCACGUUCAAGUCAUUCUACAUAAGCGUUAUGGAGGAAACAGAUUUAGAUGGAUUUCGUGAUACGGAUCAUGAAAAUGAACUGCUUAGACAGUAUGAGGAAAGGGAGGGAGUGAUCGUUGGGGAGACUGGGAGUUGUGAAAGCGGGGAAGCACCAGAGGAAUAUGAGAUGGCCAAAGCCAAGCAUGGAGAUGAAGUGUUCACAAAUUUCAUGAAGAAAAUCUGUCUUUGUCCUGAACAAGUGUUACGAUACAGUUGGAGCGGAACACCUCUAUUUAUCACAGAUCCACCUUCCAAUAUUAAAGAAAUGGUGCCAUGCUGUGGUCACUGCGGCGGGCCGAGAAUUUUUGAGUUUCAGCUUAUGCCCGCACUGGUCAGCUUGCUCUGUAGCAGAGACAAAAGUUCAGAGAGUGCACUGGAGUUUGGAACAGUUCUGGUGUACACCUGCAAAAACAGUUGCUGGAAAUCUGGAUUAGCAGUUGCAGUGGAGGAGUUUCUCUUUGUACAGCCUGACCCAGACCAGAAACUUUUCAAAUGACAAUAAAAAACAAGCAAAAUAAACACAAUUUAUUAUAUAUUGUUCUCUUAAGUGUAUUUGUUUUGUAUCUAAAUUAUUUGACGUAAGGUUUAACCAUCCAU